AUGGCUGCAAUACCAGCUAUUAAACUUGUCGAACCAAUUAAGAAAGAAAAAUCGAAAACUUUUCAGGCUUAUUUGCCAGACGGAGCGCGUACCUAUAGCUGUGUACAUUGUCGUGCCAAUUUGGCUAAUCAUAACGAGCUAAUUUCAAAGUCUUUUCAAGGUAGCCAAGGGAAAGCUUAUUUGUUCAAUUCCGUGGUAAAUAUAGGAUGUGGACCAGCAGAAGAACGUGUUCUAUUAACUGGCCUUCAUGCAGUAGCAGAUAUAUACUGUGAAUGUUGCAAAACAACACUUGGCUGGAAAUAUGAGCAUGCAUUUGAAAUUAGUCAAAAAUAA